UUUUUAUUGUUUUCAAACUAUAUUUUCAAUAAUUUAUCAGUUUAUAAUUUUGACGUAUUUAAUAUUUUAAUGCUAAUUUGUUCUUACUAUUUUGUUUGAGUUACAUAAAAAUGGUCACUACUUGUUCAGUUAAAGGCUGUAAAUCCAGAGCUGGUCAAGGUAUUAAGUUUCACAGACUUCCUAAGGGCGAAAUUCGUGAAGCAUGGGUUACAUUCCUCAAGAAAUACAAUCCUCUGUUUGUGCCAACAAGUCGUUGUAUCACUGUUUGUGGGCUACAUUUUUUAUCCGAUUUGGAUUAUGAAAUUACACCUACCAGCGCUUAUCUAACAAAACGUUUAAAAAAAAAUUCUAUCCCUAGUAUUAUGAACCAAAAUAUCCGUAGAUCAUUAUUUAACAAGUCAAAUAAGGAAUCAAACUGUAUUCCUGAUCAUGAUGCAGAAGAAGUUGUUACAUUAUCACCGUCAGAUUUAUAUGCUGAACUACCCGUUGUACCACCUUCUAUACCUCUUCCAGUAGACACCUUAAUAAAAAAUAUUGUAUUGCCAAAAGCUACUGUUCAAAGUGCAAGUACAAUUUCACCUUUACCCACUAUCCAAAAUAGAAAUGAAAUUCCAAGUGUGCUUGUACAAGGCAAAGAUGGAGAAAAAUUAUUAAGACCAAAUAAUAAAAGAAAGUGUUUUAUGGGUGAUUUUAAACACCCAAGUGAUAUUGAUAGCCCAAAUAAUAGAUUAAAAUAUUGGAUAGCUUCGCAGUCAACUGUGAAUAAGCAAAACAAACAAAUUAAGUUUUUAUAUAGACAAACAGUAGACUUGAGAAAAAAAAUAAAGAAAUUAGACAAUUUACUACAUCAACUAAAAAAUGAAAAAAAAAAUGUUCCUAAGGAAUUAAUAUUAUCAUCUAGUCAACACGAAAUUUAUAUGUCUAUGUGUAAGCCAAUAUGAAAGAUCAGUUAAUUUGAAGCACAAGAAGUUGAAAAAUUCAAAUCCGUGAUUAUGGUUGUACUAUACAAAAAUUGUCCCUAAUAUCUACAAAAUUAUCAACAAUAUGAUUCAUUACAACAGCAAGUAGGCAAGUACUAAAAUAUGUAUAACAUUAUGAUAAUCAACAAUAUGACAUAUUUAAAAUUUUACUUUGAAAUCAAUUAAAAUGUCACAAAAGACGUUACUUA